AUGUCGACUACCACGACGACGACAACGACGGCGACGGGCGUCUCGGAGGCGCAGCCCAUCACGGCCGACGCCAUGCUUCGUCUGUUCCCCGACAUCGACUCGACCUCGGACGCGCUGUCGGGCCACGACGAGGAGCAGAUCCGGCUGAUGGACGAGAUGUGCAUCGUGCUCGACGAAAACGACAUGCCCAUCGGCAAGGCGAGCAAGAAAAUAUGCCACCUCAUGACCAACAUCGACAAGGGGCUCCUCCACCGCGCCUUUUCCGUCUUCCUCUUCAACGAGAACAACGAGCUGCUCCUCCAGCAGCGCGCCUCGAGCAAAAUCACCUUUCCCGACGCCUGGACAAACAGCUGCUGCUCGCACCCGCUGGCCGUGUCGGGCGAGACGGGCUCCAAGCUGGCCGACUCGGUCGAGGGGGCCAAGCGCGCCGCCCAGCGCAAGCUCAACCACGAGCUGGGCAUCAAGAAGGAGCAGGUGCCGCUGGAAAAGUUCCGCUUCCUGACGCGCAUCCACUACAAGUCGGCCAGCGAUGCGAAGUGGGGGGAGCAUGAGAUCGACUACGUCCUCUUCAUAAAGGCCAAGGUCGACCUCGACAUCAACGAAAACGAGGUCCAGAACACGCAAUACGUCACCCCCGACAAGGUCAAGCAGAUGCUCCAGGACCCGUCCCUGAUCCUGACGCCCUGGUUCAAGCUUCUCGCCGACAGCCUGUUGUUUGAGUGGUGGGAAAACCUCGACUCGGACCUCAAAGGCUACACCGACGAGCAGGAGAUUCGGCGCAUGUAA